AUGGCUCGGAGUAAUAAGAGAAAAAUCAACGCUUCACUGGGUUCCAACGAGUCACCUUACUUGACACUUGACGAAAGUGAAAGUGACCUUGAAAUAAUCGAAAAUCCCGUUAAAGAAAUGUUCGGCAAGAAGAAUACUGAAAAGAAAAAGCUGUCUCCCGUAAUUGACGUUGGCCCUAAUUUAAUCGAAAUAAACACCGAUUCGGAAGACGAAGUAAUGGAAUUACAAAAUAUCCCUUCCCCCUUUCGAAUCGGCAAGAGGAGUCCUCUCACGAUAAUUGAUCCAAUCGACCAAAAUUUGUCGCCGAGUUCAAGUCGAAUUUCGACGAGACAAUCAUCGCAAUUGAUGUUAGAAAAUGAGGAAGCACCAACUGCUAAAGAGGAAGAAUGGAAUAGUGAUCAUAUGGAAAUAACUGAAACAAGCGAUCACUUAUUGAAAGACGCGUAUAGUGAAGAGAUCAUAGUUGAUGUUGGUCAUAAUAAUGUUGUAAAUAAUGACAUGAAUGAAGAAUAUACAGAAAUGAUUAUUGAUGAUUCUCAACGAACAAAUAAAUAUGAUCCUCAAAUACCCGAUAAAACAACUAAUAUAAAAGUCGUGAUGGACACAAACGAGCAUACAGAUACCAGUAUAUGCGUUAAAGUUCCAUUUAGAAACAAAGCGAAAAAUGCCUUUUUAAAGUCAAAGAAAGACAAAAAUAUUUUUACUGAAAGUGAUCAUCUGUAUAUCCCUAUAUCUGAUUUGCAUGAGGUGAGGGGGGACAGAACUUACUAUUGGAAUGCAACGGUAACCAUUGAAGACGAAGAUUUUGAAUGGGAAGAGGUACCAUUAAAAGAAAUUUCUAUCGGAGGCUAUGGCAUCGAAAUCUCUGAAAUCACAAUAUGGUUUAGAUCGUCAAAAGAUAAAAAUCUUUGGUAUCGGCUUAAAAACCCUCAUCCCGAAUAUGAAAAGAUAUUUCAAGUCUUCCACUGGAAAGCUACGCUGGCCAAAUAUUUUAUUGAUUACCUUGAUUCUUCAAGCGAAGAAAUUCGACUUUCAGAUUUCAAAUCAAAUUUCCAUAGUUGGUUAAAUAAAAAUUGUGCUGGUGAUGAGGCUUAUGAAAAAUGGAUUUCUUGUGUGGGUGCAAGAACCGAUUUUAGACCGACAAUAAUAGAGUGCGCUCGAUUUCUGUGGAGUCAAGCUACUUAUCUUGAUGUGAUGACAUAUAAAAAAUUCGUGGUAUUUCAAGAACUUGGAUUUGCGAAUCCUAAACGUCUUGGGGACCAUGAAGAGGAAACUAUCGUUACGCCGACGGUCUAUCGUUGGUUCGAAGACAUAUUCGGAGAUCAAUUAAAGAUCAUAGAGCAUAAAGAUAACACGACUUGGAAUGAUAAGGAAUCAUCAUUAAGCGAUAAUAUCUGCGUAAACAAUAAGGAAUUUAAAAUAGGAAAUGUCGAAUCGAUUUUUUUACCACAAAAAGACGGAAUAUGCCAUCAAGUUGAGAUUGAUUCGGUGAUUUUCUCUAUUGGUGAUGUCGUGGAAUUACAGGACGAUAAAGAAUCUGGGUGGACAGAUGGCGAUAAAUGGUUGUGUUUAAUUACUGAAUUCAUAGAAAAUCGAAAUGAAGUUGCACAAUUUCGUAUGCUCUGGAUGUACACGAGGUCGCAAACAGUCCUCUCAAAUCUCGAUGAAGAUUUCCAUCGACAAUCACGAAGAGAGUUGUUUUUUACCAAACACUGCGAAUGCGAUAAAGCCCAACCUCUGACUAGCAUAAAACGAAAAGUUAAGGUCAACUUCUUUGCAAGCUCUUGUCCCGGUAAGUCUCUUGUUAAAAUCUUGCUUCGUCUUUCUAACAUUAAAAUAGAAUUAAAUAAAAGAGAAAUUUCCCUCGUAGACGAAGAGAAUUAUUAUUUUUGUCGAUAUUUUUAUAAACAUACCGAGGGGGAUUUUUUAACCUUGCCGAAGGAAUUUCUGAACCCGAGUAAACUUCCACGUAUUUGUGGUUGCACUGCCGAGAAAAAGAGUCCGUUCGAGAAUUUUAUCGAAAAAUACGAAAUUGGGGAUUGUAUACUUAUACCUCCUCAAGAUAAAGAUCCCAAAAACAUAUUAACCGUCGCAUGUAUCGAAGAGAUCGUUAAAGAUCGAAAAAUUAUAAAGUUACGGCGAUUUUACCGGUGGUUUGAAAUCGAAUUAUCGAACAAGGAAUCAACCCACCCUAUCAACGAAUUAUUAUAUUCAAAGUAUAUAUUUGAAUAUGAUGAAUUUGAUAAUGACAUUCGAUUGUGCCACGUAGAAUAUCUAAAAUUCGGAGACCCACUGCCUGUAAAUCUUCAGCAUCGAGGAUCGGCGAAUCAUUUUUUCUUUUCUAGAAAAUAUAAUGUUGAAACAAGAGAGAUCAAGCCGCUCAAGUCUUCAAAAUUCGCUGAUUUAUUCCCUGAUUAUUAUUAUAAAGUAUCGGACAUAGAAAAAUUAAGAGGUUUAGAUCUAUUUUGUGGUGGUGGUUCUUUAGGUCGUGGAUUUGAGGAUGCCGGAUUCGUAGAAUGUCAUUGGGCCGUUGACAAAUAUGAGGCUGCUCUAAUGACUUAUCGUGAGAACGCAUCUGAUAAUAUUACUCUUAUUCACGAAAGUGUUAAUAAAGUGCUGCAAGAUGUUAUAAGUCAACCAAGGCAAACCAAAUUUCCAAAAAAAGGUGAUGUCGAUAUUAUCCUAGCAGGAUCUCCGUGUCAAGGAUUCUCGAAAAUGAACUACCAUAAAUAUAAUGAAAAAACUCAACAGAAUAACUCCUUGGUUACUUCGCUGGCAUCAUUCGUUGACUAUUACCAUCCGAAAUACGUUCUUUUGGAAAACGUUGCGAUAAUGGCUAAAUCUCUAAUAUUUAUGAGGCUUAUUGCCUGCUUGCUUGAAUUAGGAUACCAAAUCAGAUUUGGAUUAGUAUCUGCGGAAAGCAUGGGUUGUGCUCAAUCUCGUUGCAGAAUAUUUUUAUGGGGUGCAGCAGAGAACGAAGUUCUUCCUGAAAUGCCACCCAUAACACAUCGGUUCUCAAAAUCCUAUAAGGGGUACGCAACAACUUUUAAACUGCCCAAUAAAUCAAGGUUGGAUGGAUUAACUGUAGAAGAAAAUCCUAUAACGAGUUUCCCAUUAAUUACCGUAAAAAAAUUAAUAGGAGACUUACCCGAGUUGGAUACCGGCAUCUUUUGGAAUCCUCAGUAUCCGGAUCAUAUUCCACACAAUGUAAAUUACUUAUCAAAAGAGCUGCUGAGAAGAAUACCCUCGAUUGGAAACGCCGAUUAUUAUUCGGCUCGGCAAAUGAAUCUUAUUCCUGAAAUUUUCCAUCAUCCUAGUUACGAAGCUAAAAAGAAAAGAUUUGCAGAUGUUUGGAAAAAACUUAAAUACCGAUAUUGUCAACGUGUAGACGGCGACAGCCAUCCUCAAAUCAUUCAUUAUGAAGAACCUCGUACUUUGAGCGUUCGGGAAGUAGCGCGAGGUCAAGGAUUCCUAGAUUCUGAUAUAAUCUGCGGAUCAAUAUAUGACCAAUACAAAAUUAUUGGAAACUCGGUUCCGCGAAACGUAGCAUUCUCGUUAGGCUCAGAAUUAGGAAGAGCAUUAACGGAUCCACAUCAUAAAUCUUUACCGGAGAAUUUGUUAAAUGAUUAA